ACUAAAUCAAGAUUUACGCUUUAAUUUUAUUUCGUGAUUCCGCUCUGCGGAAUGCAAAAUGCAUAAAUGCAUUAGAAAAAAAAAAAAUAAUAAUUUGUAUAUCGCCAGUUUUUUUUUUAAUUUUUCAUUUUAAUACAUGGUGUCCUAGACCUAUUGCAUUUUUUUUAACCACUCGGUAUAAUUCCACAACAUAAUUAUUAAUUACAUGAUUGACUUUAAAGUGAAACGUUACGAAAUAUCACAGUUCAUUGUUAUCAGAAUAUCAUAAAUAUACGCGUGGGAUUCUACGUCAUUAAUUGAGUUGAUAGAAUCACGUGUGUAUUUAAAAAGUACAUCUCUCGUCAUUUGCGCAUAAUCAUUAUCGUCGCUUAUGACAUUGUCAGUGCAAAACAAACGACGGUGACCUAGUAUCGUCGUUGUACAAAGAGAGUGUUAUCUCGAAAGAAUUCGACCUUGUCGUUGCUCACGAAGGUUUCCCUAUUGAAAGUAUGCAGUAUGUUGCGUAUAAUCAUUAUCUGCAUAUAUAAUCUUGUUAAAUAUAGUAAAUUUCUUUACAAAAAAAAAACUCGCAUUAUUAUAAUUAAUGUGAAUUAUUCAAUAGCUUCUCAUUUGGAAAACAUUGCUCAUUUAUCAUUGACUAGUCACAUCAAUAAAACAUUAAUUAAUCCCUCGCGAAUACUCGGCGCAUAUUUCGUGUCAUCAUUCAAUCAAUUUUGACGAAUCAAAGCGUGACGAUAAAUUGCCGAUUAGCCCAAUGUUCAUCGUAAAUAUAAAUUGUCUUCGCUGCCAAUAUAAUUUUGAUAUAAACAUCAUCAUUUUACCACUGCGUUCUACUCCGUGAACUUCGAGGGAAACAUAUUUUGUCAAAGAUAAUACGACCAUCAGCCGGACAAGCGACCGGUCGCGACUCGUGUAAGGUGCCGUUGAACAUCGAUAAGAAUAACACGAAUGUUUGUCUUGUAAUUACGCUGAGACGAUCUAUUAGAGAGACAGUCACGAAACAUUUCCACCGGACAAACGCAGACAAGCAACCUAAAAUAAAGCAGUCUACGUCACAAGAAGUAAAAUCGUCCCUUGAUAAGAGAAUGUAUCCGUCAAAGAAUGAAAUUUGGUCACAAUGAGCUAAAGGAGAGUACGACUGAAAUGAAGAAUUCAUCACCGGACCUAAGAAAAACCAAGUCGACUUUUAACCCGUGGAACGAUGCGCGCAUGUUAAAGCACGUCGCUUCAAACAGAACGCCUGAUUUCGCCCAUCUAAGUAAAUACGACUCGCAUGUGAUGCCGAGGCGAUCCUCCAACCGCAAGUCCGCGGAUAUAAAAAAUGAGAAUGAUUAUUACAAUUCUGUCGAUAGAACGUCCUUUGAUUACCUGAAAGCUAACAAUUCCAUCAAUACUGUGCACCUGCAGAAUCCUUACAGAUCGCCCCAACGAUUGGAAGGAUUUGCGUCUCGUGAUCAAUCAAAGGGUAUGCACCGAUCGCAAGAUUUCACUCUGAGAUCGAGGUACAAUAACAACAACUUACUCAGGACCAAAGAAUCAACCACGAAUAGAAACAACGAUCAAGAAAACGAAAAACUGGAAGGAUCGAAGAAAAAGAAGCAUCAACUAUUCACCGAACUCGGUCAGCUUACUAAGCAAUAUUGCACAAACAGUACCCUUCACGGUUUACGUUACAUCGGUAACUCGGAAUUGUCAAUCAUAGAAAGAAUAUUCUGGAUAAUCUCGUUCACCACCGCACUGGGAACGGCUGUAUAUUAUAUCUAUUAUCUUUAUCAAAAGUGGAAUGGAUCACCCAUCAUCAUUUCUUUGAGUCCUGAGCCGGUUCCUCUUAACGAAUUCCCUUUUCCUUCCAUAACAAUCUGUAACAUGAACAAUGUCAAGAAGGCUGAAGCAAAGCGGAUCGAGCGCGGGACUGACGACUUGGAUAAAAUAAUGAUGGACGACGUCUGCAAUUGGCAAAGAAGCAACGUAACUUAUGAUCAAGAUCAGGCUAUAGACUGGAACAGGAUGCUGCGGUUUAUGAUUAAUGUAUCUCAGCCUUGCACAGACAUGUUAUACUAUUGUCUUUGGCAUGGAAAUCAGACCGAUUGCGAUAGGAUUUUUAAUCCUACGAUGACCGACGAGGGUAUUUGCUGCAAUUUCAACUCGGUGACCAGAAAGCAUCUCUUCUAUAAUCCACACGAUUGGCCCGAUCUGAAUAUAACGUAUCCAUCCGUCAGCGUCGAUUGGAAUGCUGAAAAGGGAUAUGACGCAAGUAUGCCGCCGGAUGUCAUACCGUGGAGACCAUAUGGUGCUGGACUGUUUUACGGUUUGACUUUAGUCCUUGAUGUGGAAACAAGUGAAUAUUAUUGUUCGUCAACCGCUGGCAUGGGCUUUAAGAUGCUGCUCCACAAUCCCGUGGAGACGCCGAAAAUCGCCGAUUUCUCGUUCUCGAUCACGCCGGGCGAGGAGACCCGGGUGAUCAUAAGACCGCGAAUAUCGACUGCCAACCCAUCGAUAAUCUCUAUACCGCAGAAGAAGCGGAAAUGCUUCUUCACGGCCGAGAGAAAGUUGCGUUACUACCGGACGUACACGCAGAGGAAUUGCAUUCUGGAGUGCGAGGCGAAUUUUACGCAGGAAAUUUGCGAUUGCGUGCAAUACUACAUGCCAAUGGAACUGUCUGCAGAAUCGGCGAAAACCCCGAUUUGCGGCAAAAGAGAUGAACAAUGUGCUACACGUGCCAGACGAGCUAUGGAAACCAAACUCUAUGACGAGGAUUUGACGACUCCGAUAAAUGUUACGAAAAUACCGAGCUGCAACUGCUGGCCAGGCUGCUUCGAGAUCAAUUACAGGAUAGAGCUUUCGCAGAAUAAAUUAGCAUCGACCUUCAACGUCGAUAAACGAUACGUGAAGAAGAAUUUGGAUUAUUUCACGGAAAAUAUAGCGGUAGUUCACCUAUUCUUCGUAGAUUCUCAAUUCACAAAAUACGUAAAAAAUGAGCUUUACGGAUUCACCGAAUUUCUGUCAAGUACGGGAGGCUUGCUGGGUCUCUUUAUGGGCUUCAGUUUUCUGUCAUUCAUGGAGAUUGUGUAUUUUGCAACUAUGCGGUUGUGGUGUCGUUUAUACAAUCGUCGGGAAUUGCAGAGACCCAUCACGCUUCAGAUACACCCGUUAGAUGAUAGAAGAAAAGUAAUCUAUCCGUUCGCGAACUGAAGUUCGUCUUUUCCGAUGCAGAUGCGAUGUAAAUAAUGACUUAUUGUCAGCGUAUUAUGAAGUGUAUCAUCGAAAAAUAUAUCGGGUGUGUGUUUUCAAUAAAUUAGAAAUAUUUAUGAUUCCCGAUUCUCUACAGAAUAACACGCGAUUGCUCCGAAAGAAAAUACUUUCGAUUUAAUGUAAUUGUAUUAAAAUGAGUUAAUUUUCGUGCUUAUAUAUAUGAAACAAUUAAAAACGACCCCGAUACGAAGGAAUUUGUAGAAUGUAUUAAACGUCGUGAGAUCCUCGAAAACUAUAGGAAAAGAAAAGACUCUCGUUACUUUGGCAAUUAAAUAAACAUCUUCCUUCGUGCACGCGCGCAUUUAUGGGUUCCUUAAUACGUAUCAUUAACGCGUAAAUCAACAACGUUGUAAUAAUAUCGAGCCAAACAUUCAAGGUUUCGAGGCGAAUCGCGUCUUACUGACGACACAAUCGCGUUUUAUCAUAACACGGAAAUCCGAGCAAACCGGAAAUUACACCAGGUGUCAGUCGAACAUUUCGCCGACGAGGAAGCCGGAUUCUUUCGUCGAAUCGCACCCGCGACUCUAACUGUCAUUCGAAGGUCGGGCAACUCUCUAAAACACACGAUAUAUGAAACGUCGCGAGAAAAGGAACAGGGGGAGGAGGCCAGGCUUCCUCGUCGUGGCGAAAUCACGCUCCGUGUUUCUUCGUUC